AUGUUUGCGGCCAUUGUUUCAAGCGAUUUACGCAUCAGUCCAACCUCCUGGUCCACCAACGCAUUCAUACAGGAGACCGAUCUUACCGCUGCCAAGAAUGUGGCAAACAUUUCACUCGAAGGACCAGCUUAA